CAAGGUGAUUAGUUCCCUUAUUUUAGGAGGAAUGUGAGGAUGAAAAGACAUCUCUUAGUUUCAUGGUAAAAAUUAUUAUUAUGCAUCAUGUAAAACUUCUGUUUCUUUGAGAAUCCUCGCUGCCUUUCUCCUAAAGGCUUCUGGUAUCAUUUACGAAAUAAUUAUAUGAAGUAUUGAUUCCGUAAGGGAUCAAUACUUGGGAGAUCGGUGAAAUCUGUGUAAUUUAUCCUAACACGGAUAAUCAUGACAAAGACUUUUAUAAAAAUGUCUUCGUCAUCGAAUGGGGGCUCUCCAUCAUCAGAUUCAUCGUCCUCCUCCUCCUCAUCUCCAUCAAAUAAUUCAAAGUUUCAAUCUCCUUCUUUUAAAACAGAAGACUCUUCUUCUUCUGAUAAUAAUAAUAAUAAUAAUAAUAACAAUAAUUCAAGCUCUCAAUCUCCCCCUCCUAAUAAUGAUUCAUCAUCUGGGAAAGAUAAUAACUCCUCUUCUUCAAAUAACAAUAAUGACAACAACAACAAUAAUAAUAAUAGCAACAACAAUAAUUCAAACUCUCAAUCUCCUCCUCCUUCUAAUAACGAUGGAAAAAAUGAUAGCUCUCCUCCAAAUGAUAACAACAAUAACAACAACAACAAUAACAAUAGCAACAAUAAUAAUGGGAACAAUAAUAAUGGGAAUAAUAAUAAUAACAACAACUCCGGUAACAAGUCACCUCCUCCAUCAUCACCUCCACCAAAAUCAUCAAAUUCAUCAAAAUCUCCGCUAUCACCACCUCCUCCACCCUCUCCAUCAUCACUUAAUUAUUCUCCAAACUCAAGACCUCUCUCCCCUCCAAAGACUGAAUCAACAGACUCAGUUAGCAAAGAUACCACAGCUGCAAUCAAGAUAGGAGUUGCAGCUGGCGCUGGAGUAUUAUUUAUUGUCAUGAUCAUUUUUCUCAUCUCUUGUUGUAAGAGGAAAAAGAAAAGAAAGCAGAAUCAAAUGAAGCAUAAUCAAAUGGGCUACUACCAAGACAAUUCUCGUGGAGCAAUGAAUAACCAUUACUAUAAUAAUAAUAAUAAUGGAAUGCAUGGGAACAAUUGGCAGAACAGCAACAAAUUCCAACCAGCUGAUCAAUUUUAUAAGAUACCGCCCCCUCCAGGUAGUGCUCAAGUAAGUUCAGAGCACAGUUGGCCAAUAGCACCGCCGCCGCCACCACCAAUGAUGAGUAGUAGUGAACUGAGCUCAGCGGCUUUCUCUGGUCCACAUCAACCUCCUAUGCCACCUCCACAUCCAGCAAUGGCUCUUGGUUAUAAUCAAAGUAGUUUUACUUAUGAUGACUUAGCAGUGGCAACUGGAGGAUUUGCUAAAGACAAGCUAUUAGGACAAGGUGGUUUUGGCUAUGUACAUAAAGGUGUGUUGCCUAAUGGUAAAGAAGUUGCUGUAAAAAGUUUGAAGUCUAAUAGCGGACAAGGAGAGAGAGAGUUUCAAGCAGAGGUUGACAUUAUAAGUCGUGUACAUCAUCGACAUCUUGUGUCUUUGGUUGGGUAUUGCAUUGCUGGAUCUCAAAGGAUGUUAGUGUAUGAAUUUGUCGUAAACAACACUCUUGAAUAUCACCUUCAUGGACCUGGUCGUCCUCCUAUGGAUUUCAAUACAAGACACAAAAUUGCAUUAGGAGCUGCGAAAGGCUUUGCUUAUCUUCAUGAAGAUUGUCAUCCUAAAAUUAUUCAUAGAGACAUCAAAGCUGCAAAUAUCCUUUUGGACGAGAAUUUCGAAGCAAAGGUGGCUGAUUUCGGACUAGCUAAGCUCUCAACGGAUAACCAUACUCAUGUAUCCACCCGUAUCAUGGGAACUUUUGGGUACUUAGCUCCAGAGUAUGCUUCAAGCGGAAAGCUAACAGAGAAAUCUGAUGUCUACUCUUAUGGAGUUAUGCUUUUGGAACUUAUAACUGGACGUCGUCCAGUGGAUAUGGAAGGUGACGAUGAUACUUUAGUUGAAUGGGCAAGGCCUAUUCUUCUUCGUGCAACAGAAGGUGGAGAUUAUGAUGAACUAAUAGAUCCAAGUUUAGAAGGAAAAUUUGAUGCCCAACAAAUGUUAUGUAUGGUAGCAUGUGCAGCUGCAACAAUCAGGCAUUCUGCAAAGAAGCGUCCAAAAAUGAGUCAGAUUGUACGUGCUUUGGAAGAUGAAGUUACUUUGGACGACUUAGAUGAGGGCGGAAAAUUGGGUCAUAAUGCAACAAGCAGUUCUAGUGGAAGCUCUGAACAUGAUGGAGGUUCAUAUGACUUAAAGAAAUUCAGAAAAUCCAGCAUGUCGAGUCAAGAGUAUUCAAGCAGUGAGAACGGUGAAUCUCGUGAAUAUCGUCAGAAUAAGAAGUAAACAUGUAGCCCUUAAUCAAAAUCAUUGCAUUUGAAAAAAAAAAAAAAAAGGGCUAUUACUUCAACUCUCCAUAUAAUUAUAAAUUGUAUUUAUCCGUGUAUAAUUACUAAAUUGUAGAUAUCACACACAAUCGAUGACCAAUUGAACGUGAUCACAAAGAUGCUUUAGGUAUUUAAGAUUGGUCUUUUGGUGGAAUAAUAAUAUUCUUCUAUCAUUAAAACAUAGGUGAUUGCAAUUUUGUGUUUGAUUUUUUUUUGUGAGGUAGUCAUCAAAGUUUGUUAAAAUUUGAGAAAUAAUUAAUGUGCAUUAGUUUGCAAAAUGCAGUUUGGUUGA